AUGAGAUUUAUUAGAGACAGUUUUUUUGGCCGAUUGUUGUACCAUAUAUCUGGUCAUAAACUUUUUGGAUAUAAAGAAGAAAGAGGAGACUAUGUAAUACCCGAAAAAUAUUAUUCUGGAGAGGUACUGCAAGAACACGAAGGACCUUUUACCGAGAAUAGCACUAUAACACUAGCAGGAGAAAAUGAAAAAGUCAGUUAUCAGAGUCGACUUAUUAUUGUCGACUAUGAUGGACCAAACGAUCCGGAUAAUCCAUAUAAUUGGCCGCUUUACAAGAAAAUAUUUUUCAUAGGUGGGAUUGGAUUCUUAACGAUAUCUGUAUAUAUGGGCUCGGCAAUUUACACACCUGGUAUCGAUAUCUUGAUAGAAGACCUUGGCAUUUCUAGAGUUAAAGCAACCUUACCAUUAUCUAUGUUUGUAAUAGGGUAUGGAAUUGGACCGAUGGUAUUCUCGCCGAUGUCAGAAAAUGCGAUUUUUGGUCGAACCUCCAUUUACGUCGUUACAGUAUUCAUUUUUUUUAUUUUACAAAUUCCCCAGAGUUUUGGUUCUGCAACUCAUUCACUUACUUCUCUUUGUGUGCUUAGACUUUUGAGUGGAAUCUUUGCUUCACCAGCAUUAGGUACAGGUGGUGCCAGUGCUGGAGAUGUAGUGACUGCAGCUUACAUGCCCAUGGGAAUUAUUGCGUGGAGCUUGGCUGCUGUGUGUGGGCCGACAAUUGGUCCAUUGGUUGGUGCGGCUAUAAUAAGUGGCACAAAUGGUCUGUGGAUUUGGACGCUAAGGUUUAUGAUGAUUUUAUCAGGCGCCUCAUUUAUCUUUUUCGGACUCACUCUACCAGAGACUCUGUCCAAGGCAAUCUUACGUCGAAAAGCUCAAAGAUUACGAGCAAUUAGUGGUAAUACCAAUUUUAAAAGUGAAGGUGAACUUGAGAACGAAGAUAUGUCCAUCAGUGAGGUGAUGAUUGACACUUUGUGGAGGCCUUUUGAGAUAUCACUUUUUGAACCUGUGAUUCUACUGAUUGAUCUUUAUAUUGCCUUGAUAUACUCUAUAUUGUAUCUAUGGUUCGAGGCAUUUCCCAUCGUAUUUAUUGAGGUUUAUCAUUUCACUAUCGUAGAGUUAGGAGUAUCUUACGUUAGCGUGUCAGUUGGUAUAGCUAUGGGCUCAUCGAUCUACAUUGGCUAUAUUUACUUUGCUUAUACUAAAAAGCUUUUGACAGGCAAAAAUGAGGAUGUCAGCCCGGAAGUAUUCCUACCACCAACGAUUGUUGGGAGUGUAAUAAUGCCCAUAGGUAUCUUAAUCUUUGGUUGGAGUGCUAGUGCUGGUCUUCAUUGGAUUGGUCCUAUGAUAGGAGCAGCUUUAUUUGGUAUGGGGGGCUUCGUAGUGAUACAGGCACUUUUCAAUUAUAUGGCCAUGUCAUUUCCGCAAUACAUAGCGUCUGUGUUUGGCGGAAAUGCCUUGUUUAGAUCGAUUAUGGCUGGAUGCUUUCCUCUCUUUGGUGCUCCGCUUUACAACAACUUAAAGAAUUACAAAUAUCCUGUAGGAUGGGGUUCUACUGUUCUAGCUUGCAUCUGCGUGGGCAUGAUUGCAAUACCAGUAACAUUUUAUAAAUUUGGGCCCAGUAUUAGAGCGAAGUCAAGAUAUUCUGGGAUUUAA